GCCAUACAAGGUUGUUGGUAAGCUUUUAAAUUUAGAGAAAUGUCCUGUAAGUGAGGUCGGUACUAAGAGUUGUGCUUAGUUCAAGGAAGUAAAAAAUACGAUGGCUCCUUUGAUGUUUAAAGAUGCUUUCUGGGGGUCUGACUUCACUUGCCAUGCUGGGUAUGAAGCCGUGAUCCAAAGGUUACGAGAUGGAAGGCAAAUGUGCAAAGAUGUGGAAGAGAUAUUGAAGAUGAGGGCACUGGCAGAGGAAAAGUAUGGGAAGGAACUGGUGACUAUUGCUCGCAAAGCUGGAGGACACAUAGAGAUAAGCACUUUGAGGGCAUCAUUCGAACAACUAAAAACUCAAAUUGAGAACAUUGGAAACUUUCACAUCCAACUAUCCGAUAUAUUGAAAGAGGAGGUGAAAAAGAUUGAGAGUUUCCGAGAACGUCAGAAAGAGCAGAGGAAGAAGUUUGAAAGCAUCAUGGAGAAGGUUCAAAAGAAAAAAGUUUCAUUCUUCAAGAAGACCAUGGAGUCUAAGAAGAACUAUGAGCUGAAGUGCAAGGAGGCCGAUGAGGCAGAGCAGGGGGCUGAGAAAACAAGUGCUACGUCCAAAAACCCUGAAAAGGUACGUCACAAGAUAAAGCAAUGCAGACAGGCGGCCAAUGAUGCUGAGAAGGUGUAUUUUAACAACAUUGUUCAACUAGAAGCUGUUCGCCAGGACUGGGAGGAGACACACAAAAGUACUUGCGAGGUAUUCCAACAGUUGGAGGGAAAUCGGAUCAGCACGCUCAGGUGUGCUCUCUGGGACCACUGCAAUCAUUUCUCCAUGCAAUGUGUCAAAGAUGAUGAGUCUUACGAGGAGGUGAGGAAAUUUCUGGAACAGUGUGACAUUACCAAAGACAACAACUCUUUCAUAGAAAUGAAAGGCACCGGAUUGAAGCCACCAGAGCCCAUAGUGUUUGAAAGCUAUUACAAGGCAGGGACAGUCAGAGACAACAAUGGCCAAGCUCAUUUUGCAGGAGGAGAAGAAGAUCCGUCAAAGAGGUGUUCUGACCCCCUGCUUGGAAGUUCUCUGAACAUUGACAUGGACAGUCCACUCAGCCCACGAUCUGCUUUGUCAUCCAUUGGAGAAUUUCAGCUUUCAGAUGACGGAUAUGCACCCCUUCCAUGCAUUCACCAAGAAGUGCCACUGUCCACGGGUCCACCUGAUGAAAUCUUCUAUGUUGUGCUUUAUCAGUACACUGCAAAGGAAGAAGAUGAGCUAUCUGUGAGCCGAGGAGAUAUAGUUCGAGUGCUGGACCAAGAACAAAAUGGGUGGUGGACGGUGGAGAGGAAUGGGUUUAGUGGACUGGUGCCAGGAAACUAUCUAGGCAAAAUUUAAACAUGUACGCACAUACAGUUAUUUUCUUUGUAUCUCAGGAGAAAUUCAAUUUAUUUAUAGUAAUUUCAUGAAAAAGAACCUUAAAUCUAAUUCUUACUUGCCUGCCCCUUUACCUUAAAACCGUGGUUCACAAAAUGUGGGCGGGCUAUUUCACUGAUAAUAUGCAACUUUAUUUAAGUAAAAUGCUAUGUGCAUCAUUUUUAUUCUUAAUAUAAUUAAUCAAAUUAAAUACUGUGGGGUGUGGGGGGUUUAUAGCUUAUGAUAUAGAGCACGCCAAAAAAAGCUUUGAGAACUACUGCCUUACAAUGAGUUUUAUCAUAAAAUGCAAUAACUUAUGUUAUUGGUAUCUGCUUUUUGCCCCCAAAAUAACUGUUUUGGGGGGAUAAACACACUGUGAUUGUGUAAACACAACUGUGCCCCCACAGCAUGCGUGGUAUACACAGAACAACAGUUGCAAUUGCAAGAAAGUAGACAGAAAGAAUGUCAACACAUCAAAACAGAUGUCUCAUAUACUUAAAAACUUGCACGCUUGCAAAGACACACAUCAAAGCGAACACAUGCCACACAGAAUACAGCCUACAAACAAACACAUUUUUGCCAGGCUUUUUUUCCCCAAGUGCUCUUACAAUACUGGCUAACAUGAAAAACUAACCAAAAACCUGAACUAAAAAGGAUAAUUUAGUAAGCAGUAGACUACCUAAGCAAUUAAUGCAAGUUAAAGGAAAUGCAUUCACCAGCUUACAUCAGCCUCAUUGUUUACACUGGUUUGGACAAUCAGUAUAGUCAAAGGAGUUUGCAAAGAAAAGCGUCUGGACUUCUUUAAGUUGCUUGAAGACGUUUCACCUCUCAUCCGAGAAGCUUCUUCAGUUCUGAACAAUCAGUAUAGCUACAUUGUUUAUCUCAUCUUUAGUUCCUAUACUUGUAAUAUAUGACUAAAGAAUGGUUAGCUAUCUGCUUUAGAAAACCAAUGAAGAAUUUUAAAAUUCCCUUCAUUUAGUCAAGUUACCAUGUUUUCAACAUAAAUCUGUAUGUUUCUGUUCUAAUAGUAGCAAACUAGUACUGCACCAGUACAUUCUAAGCACUGUAACAUCACAUACUUUUUUCAUUAAAAUUUGAACUUAAAUGACUUUUGAUAAGAUGAAUCAUCUUAUUCAUCUCAAAUGACAAGAAAACAGAAUGAGUACCAUAUGUAAACCACCAGUGACUGCUAAGUUUAGCAGCAUUAAGCAGCCACAUAUAUACAGCGCAGAUGUAUAUGCUUCUGGCUGUCUUUUAAAUGAUCCAUUUAUGUGGUGCACAUGUGAGCUGGUGAAGAUAGAGGGCUGGAUUUCUAGUUAUGUGAAAAGGAAGGUUUUCAUAGAACUAUGCUGUCCUUAACAACUGAGUACAAAUUAUGAUUCACUACCUUGUAGAAUCACCUUUAGCAGCAAUAACAUGAAGUAAUCGUUUUCAUACUUCAUCCGUUUCUCACACUGUUGUUGAAGACUUUUGCCCCACUCAUCAUUACAACAUUGCUUCAGUUCAUUUAGGUUUGCGGGCAUUUGUUCACACACAGCUCUCUUAAGGUCUGGCCACAGCAUUUCAGUCAUGUCAAGGUCUGGACUUUGCAACGUAUUUUCUAUUUCAGCCAUCUUGCUUAUGUGUUUGGGAUCAUUAUCCUGUUGCAUUACCCAGUUUUGGCCAAGAUUUCGCUGUCGGACAUAUGGCCUCACUCUUGACUCUGGAGUUGUUUGAAAUACAAUGGCUGCAAAAUGAGCCCAAAUUAUCACCCCUCCAUCACCAUGUUUAACAGUGGUGUGGGGUGUUUGCGCUGAUGUGCACUUGGCUACCAAUAAAUGUGCCACUUUGCAUUAUGACCAGGCAUCUCUCUUUGGUCUUGUUCUGGAGGUCUUUUGGUUUGUUCAAAUACAACUUUGCAAACCUAAACUAUUAUUCCAUCUUCUCCCUACAAUUCUUCCAAACAAGCCAUACUCGUUCAGGAAUUGUACUGUCAGGAACUUAGAUAUAACAUGCUAAAUGAGGAAUGUAGCUCUUAGCCUUUUGCAAUUUUCUCUAAGUAUUGCAUGGUCAGACUUUGGGUGAAAUUGCUGGGGAAUCUACUACUGGGAAGUAGAUGUGGUCUUGUAGCGUUAACAAAACAAAACUAAAUGCUCCAAAUUAGUAAUCUGCCAAAACUUCUUCUUUUACAUAGGUGGUCACACUUGCUGAUGAUCAGUUGCUUUUGAUUAGCAGCACCAGGCUGAUAAUUACCCACUUAAUUCCCAUAGAAGACAUAACUGUGUAAUGUGUUUUUCACAGGACUGCAUAAAAUCCUGCAAAAACAUUCCUUUUCAUAUGACUGUAGUAAUCAUCAUUUAUAUCUGCUGUACAUAUAAGUUUUUUCUGUAAACCCUCCACAGACCAUUGGCUACAAAAGUAGCACAUACAGAUGAACAAACUACUAGAAUAAACUAUUUUUUAUGCUUGUCAAGUGACGGCACAUUUAAACAUGUUUAAUAUAUUUCAAUGCGCCUGAUGAUAUAGCCAACCAUUGCUUGUUUAAGUACUUUGUGUCGGUUUGUUUUUUUUGGUAGCAUAUUUACUGUCACGUGAAAAAAAAAAUUAAAACAAUCCAGUUGA